GGACCUUUUAGGACAAUGAGAUUGUUACUAGCCAUAGGUGCAGUGUGUGUGAGCUUUGUUCUAGUUCAAUCAGACCAGUCGGAUUUCAAUCACGUCAACUCGGAUGGAUCAUUUAGUUUUGGUUUGAAAAACUCCGAUGUUGGUGGUCACUAUCAUACAGCCAGUGGCAACCCGAAGACCAUAGUCAGAGGAAGAUACGGAAGCCGUCAGCCGGAUACGGGUCGCGUCGAAGAAACUGUCUACACGGCUGGUCCACGGGGGUUCCGAGCACGCGGUCCCAAGAUCCACCGAAAACAGAACCUAUCGCAGGUACCGAGGGGCCCUAUUGGUACACCGGAGGAUCCUCAGGCCGACCCGUACGAUGAUCCGAGCUAUGACUUCCAAUUCAAAACACGAAACUACCAGCGUCGAGAAGGGGCAGAUAGCAACGGACGGGUGAAUGGAUUGUACACCUACGUGGAUGAUGUGGGAGAGCAGCAUUCGGUUCGGUACUCGGCUGGUUCCGGAACCGGAUUUGAAGUGGCCAACCCAGUCCCUGAUGCACCCAAUACGAUAGCUUACGAGAGCCCAUUGUAUAAGACACACAAACAAGUCCGAGGCAAGGUGGCCUUCGAAAGUGGUCCCAGCGGCUCUGGGCAGUACAAGCUGUUAUCCGUUGGGCCAGAUCAGCGACGAUCGGAAACGACCGGACCAGACGGAAUAACGCGUGGUUCAUAUUCUUACCUGGACGACAAAGGAGUACAGCGAACGGUGCAGUACAUCGCUGGAGCAGGAAUCGGUUACAAAGUAGUUCAAAGUACGACUGGAGCGGGAAGCCAUCUACUUGCUUCGCCGGCCACAAACUUUGGAAUAAGUCACGUGGAACAGAGCGAUGUGGUGGAUAACAACAAUCCAAGCUAUAGUGCGAGUCCUUCGGGCCCUGCCUCCUUCCCAAGUGGUGGUGACCGAACAGGCAGCGGAUCAAGGCCGACUGCAGCAGGAUACGAUGGUGCACGCCCAACCGGUCCCGGUUUUGACGGUUCCAGGCCAACUGGUAGCGGAUACGAUGGUGCAAAGCCCGAGCACGAUGGAUACGACAGUGGCCGACCAUCGGGGCCAGCAUUUGAUGAUGAUUUCGACAGGAAGAGACCAACGACGCCACCCAGUAAAGUUCCUUCCAGUACAGAUCGACCGGAUCCUAGCGAUACUAAGGUACGUUUCCCCGAUGAUGAUUCCGAUUAUGGAGGAAAACCACAAGAUGAUAGUAUUAUUGGUCUCGUUCCACCUAAGUACGACUAUGAACCAACGGAAGAACCACCACUAUCAGGACCGUUCGACAUCAGCAUCUCCAGUGGACCAUCUGGCCCGUCGGGACCCGGCUAUCCGAACUUUGACGAGUCGGCUCCGGGAGCUUACAAUUCCAACGAUUUCACCAACUAUCCGGAGGUUACCUAUGACCGUAAGAAGCUGGAAGAGGACCGAAAGAAGGAUUGGCGUGAGUUUGCCAAGGACUCGACAAUAAUCAAAAACGUAGGCGAUUGGUACGUGGGAUUGGCACCGGGUGCCUCCGUGAGAGCUCACAUUCAAAAUAUAGAUCUAUUGCCAUAUGGAGGACGGGCACCUUCACCAAGCGAGGCACUGCGAAGGGACACCCAGUCCAAACCAAAGCGACCGUCGCCGUCGUCGCCGUCGGCGUCAUCAUCAUCGUACGAACGAAGGCGGUGAGAUUGAUUGAUGUAUAUUUACAAUAAAGAUUGAAAAUCCAAUCGAAGAGAA